CAGAAAAUGGACUGCUUGAAAUUAUUGGAAACUUUAGACAUAUUCGGUUAUGCCGGUAUUUGCAUAAGUACCGAAGAUUCGCAGUUACUACAGAAUUCGCUGCUCAUUUUACAGACGGAAAAUCACUUUCGAAAAUGUUAUUAUUGGGGUAGAAUCAAUGGAUUACAAAAUGAUUAUCAUAUCGCGUACGGUUACGAAAAGGAUUGCAUGAAUGGCCAGGUAUACUAUUACAGCAUAGAUGGUUUAAACUGGCUGUUGCUGCCAAAAGCGACAAAGUGUGGACGAUUUUUGAGUCCUUUGUCGAUUAACAGAUUUGACGGUGAUCCAUCUAUUGUCACGAAUGUUUACAACGCCAACCCACCAUUUCCACCAAACGAGGAUCCUAAAACUUAUUACAAUGGUCCUAUACCAAAGGAAUUGAAGGAGGAGGACCGUCUCGCAGCUAUCGUGGAAUCAAUUAUGGAAGAUGCAGCAAUCAUUCCACGUGGGGCCUGGUUCAAAUGUCCAAACGGCGAUGUCAUCGAGAAUCCGAGCUUCGAAGGUCUUUGCGCCUCAGAUGCUUCGCAUCUAAAGUCCUACUUGCAUGCUCGUUCACCAAAAGAGAAAUGGAGCACCAAUUUACUGUCUCGGCCCGAUUAUAAUUACGCGUUAGAUUUCCUGGACAGCAUAGAUUUGGAUGUUCCUCAAGACUGUUGGGAUAUGCAAUUUUUUUGGGGCGGUCGCCUGGUCAUUUUGCACAGUCUGUAUUGGCAUGGAAUGACCUUCUUCCACAAAUUGAAUUCUCCGCAUUAUGGAUUUUUAUAUGUCGGGCAUGGAAAAAAGAAUUUAGAUCUUCCAUUCAUGUAUUAAUAUGAAGUACAAAAAUUAUCCAAAAUUGUUACAGAUUAAACUAUUUCUUUAAAAUUUAAAAAUU